CCCCUCUACUUCCGGAAAGUAGCUAAACUUUGAUCAAAAAGUCGCCAGAUUUGUUGCUAGGUUAUUUUUGUGACGAAAAAGUCGCUAAACGGGUGUGAAAAGUCUGUUAAUCUAGCUACAAAAGGGGCUAAUUUGACAACACGCACCUGUAAACGCACCCCCGAUGACGCAAUAGAAAGUUGCGCCAAGUUUUGCGCCAGUUCGUUUUGAAAGGGCAACGACCAAUGCGGAAACGCCAAGACUCGGCCGGCCGGCCAACCGAUGCUGUAAAGUCAGCACUCAGUCACGGACCUCCAAGUCUAUUUGGGCAGUCCCUAACGUUGCGGUCGAGCUAAAAAGCUUUUGCAUGGCUCUCCAGUCUGAUGGACCCAUGCAGCCUCUCUGACAUUUGUAAUUCUUGUCACCGACUUGCAACAUGCAAGAACUUAAAUGGAUCAAACAAUGCCUGCUUCUGUAACCAUGGAUAUACCGGAGAUGGAACAACAUUUUGCAAUGAUGACAACGAGUGCCAGAAUGUGACAAAUAUCUGCGGGGAAAGGGGGAACUGCACCAACACAUUCGGCAGCUACUACUGUAGAUGUGGGUCUGGAUACACAUCAACAGGAAUGGCCGAGUUCCAGCCCAACGAUGGCACUGAAUGCCUCGAUAUUGAUGAAUGCAUGACAGGACAGGUCUGUGGACCAAACUCCCACUGCCAUAAUACGAAUGGAUCUUUCAAUUGCACCUGUCAGCGAGAUUACGUCCCAACCUCAGGUGCUAAGCACUUUCAUCCAGAGGGAGGCGUAAGAUGUAAAGAACAUCCCCAGAAAUACUGCCAUGACAACAUCGGAUGCAUCACAAAGACUGUGAACAAAACACUUGAAUAUAUGAGCAACCUCACGGAGCCCCAGAGUCUGCUGAAGGAAAUUGCCAAGCAGACAUCCGGCGAACUCAUCUCAGUGGAAGUACUUGCAUAUGUUGAGGCCUUGUAUCGCUCCACAUCAACCCUUGUUGCAGGAGAAAAGGAUUAUACUCUCAAACCAUCAGUCAUCAACUCAACUCUUUCAAAAUUAGUAAAAGCAGUAAACAACCUGGUGGAGAAGGAUGAGCUGGUAGCUUGGAGCAAAAUAAAAGAAGCGCGUCGGGAAUACACCAUCACCAAGCUGCUACAUACUGUUGAAGAAAGUGCUCUGACAUUGGCCACCAACUACAAAACUCCAACUGAGCUCGAAAUCAAAGCUACUGAAAUGGAAUUGAAACUCUUCACCUUUGAGGCUCGGCAAACAAAAGCCAAACUCUGUGUUUCCAUGGGAGGAGAUCAUAUAAAUCUGACUGCAAGAGUGAGGCCAGAAGAUGACAGAAAUGGAAGUGUGUCAGUGGUGUUUGUGCGAUAUGACAGCAUCGCUGACAUCCUGAAGCCGAGCAGCGACCCAGGUGUCACCGACUACUCGCGAUACGCAGGAACAGGGGAAAUCACUGUCAACUCCCAAGUCAUAGCAGCAGCCGUCAAACCUGCUGACGUUUACCAACUUGACCAUGUCACCUUCACUCUGAGACACAGUGAGCCCAUAGACACUAAAGCUGAUGUGACGAAGUGCGCCUUCUGGGAAUACGAGCCGGACAGCCUGCAGGGCCACUGGGCCACUCACGGCUGCAAGACCGUCCACGUCAACAGCAAUGCAACUACCUGCUCCUGCAAUCACCUCACACACUUCGCUAUCCUCAUGUCCUCUGGGCGAGCCAAUCUGGUGGCCCACUAUACCAUCCUGACCCGGAUCACGCAGCUGGGGAUGAUCAUCUCCCUCAUCUGUCUGUCCAUGUGCAUCUUCACCUUCUGGUUCUUCAGUGAGAUCCAGAGCACUAGAACCACCAUCCACAAGAACCUGUGCUGCAGCCUCUUUAUGGCCGAGUUCAUUUUCCUAGUGGGGAUCAACAUGAACACACAUAAGCUCUUCUGCUCCGUUAUUGCAGGGCUGCUGCACUAUUUCUUCCUCGCGGCCUUUGCCUGGAUGUGUAUCGAGGGCAUCCAUUUGUACUUAAUAGUGGUUGGUGUCAUCUACAACAAAGGCUUCCUGCACCGUAACUUUUACAUCUUUGGCUAUGGAAGCCCAGCAGUGGUGGUGGCCAUCUCAGCAACGUUAGGCUCUAAGUAUUAUGGCACUGAUAAAGUGUGUUGGCUGAGCACAGAAAACCACUUCAUAUGGAGUUUCAUUGGGCCUGCGUGUUUGAUCAUCCUGGUUAAUCUCUUGGCUUUUGGAGUAAUCAUCUACAAAGUGUACCGGCAUACUGCUGUGAAAAAGCCUGAAAUCUCCCACUAUGAAAACAUCAGGUCCUGUGCCCGUGGCGCCUUGGCCCUGCUGUUCGUGCUGGGAGCCACAUGGACCUUCGGAGUGCUGCACAUCCUCCAUGAGACCACCCUGACUGCCUAUCUGUUCACCAUCACCAACGCCUUCCAGGGCAUGUUCAUCUUCAUCUUCCUCUGUGUGCUGUCCAGAAAGAUUCAGGAGGAGUACUACAGGCUUUUCAAAAACGUACCAUGUUGUUUUGAAUGCCUGAGAUGAAUUGACGCAACCAAAGCCUGAUCAUCUGCACUUGUAAAAUAACAGUCGACGCUACACCUUUGCAAUGUCCCUUGACUCAUGCUUUCAUUUCUGGAAAAUGCUGUGGGAGGAAUUGUUUAGUACAGAUAUCUAAUAACCGAGAACACGCAGCACUUGUCAUUUCUAAGCAGCUUGUUUCCCUUUUAAAAGGCUGAGAUCAUCUAUACAUCAUGUUUGUGUUUUCUGUACAAUACAACAUACAACUGUAGGUCUAACUAGCUUUUCACAAAAGACAUUCUUCUGUGAGUAAUAAUGGAAUCAAAAUACAUUGUUUAUUUUCAGUUUAAUUUAAUACCUCUUCAAUUAUCACAUUACACUAAAAGUAACCUACACAGUCUAUUGUCUUUGUUCCCUUUUUGUGUUCGAAAUUGUUUUGUAAAUUAUUAAAAUGAAUGUG